CCCUGUUCAGUAGCCCAUUCACAUCCCGCUCUUUUUUUCUUGAUCCCGAUCAGUAUACCCAAACUCAUCAUCUCUACCUAGUAUAUUUUUUCAUAUUUUCUCUGUGAAGUUGCUUUCUUUUGGGGGAAAAUGCAGGAGCAAGCUGCUACUAGUUCCAUUGCGGCCAGCUCUCUUCCUUCCAGCAGUGAAAGAUCUUCCAGCUCUGCCUUCCAGCUUGAAUUCAAAGAAGGCUUGGAAAGUGAUGAAGAGAUUAGGAGAGUGCCUGAGAUGGGUGUAGAAGCCGUUGGUCCAUCUGCUUCGGGCCGUCAUGGCACCUCCCUAGCGGGUCCUGCUCAGCUCUCAACCAGCGGUCAAAGGAAGAGGGGUAGAAGUCCAGCUGACAAAGAGAACAAGAGGCUGAAAAGGAAUUAUAGCAAGGAAUGCCUCGAUCUGGAAGAGAUGGCCUGAGGAUCGGAUACUGAAAUUGAAGUCGUCAUGGUUACAGACUUGUAUAUCUGUGAAUGAGACAACGAAAGAAGAGGAAGAAGGAAACACCUAGUACAUGGAAUGUCGCUGUCAUCGAUGCUGUUUCCGUUCGUUACUGUCACUGUUCGCCACAUCAUCACUGGUGUCCUGACAAGGAGAUGAUGCAGAAAAUUAGGUAAAAGAGGAGGGAGAAAGUCAUUUGACUUUAGGAACAAUCAAGUAAAAGAAACUCCUAUUUUUGGAAGUAGACCUAUUUAGGUAUAACACUUAUGUUUUACUCCUAUUUAGGGUAAUUUUUCUUAAUAAUAUGUCAGUUUUUGUAUAAAUUAGGCAAUUCCUGACAUUGAUGGACAUGUAUUUAUGUAUUAUCAAGAAAUAUAUUUUUCACCAUUUUCUUUCGAUAUGGAUCACACCUAAUGAUUUUUGAAAUCCCGGCUUUUGAUAAUCCGGACCAACGGAAACUGACCGGUUCCCCCCUGAACGUCAAAUGCACACAAAUUUUAGCAUCAGCGUUUUAGUCUUGAAAGUUAGUAGUUUAGUACCCAAUUUUGUUUGUAAUUUUCUUUUCUGUCAUUGGUGUUUAAAAGGUUGUUAAGGAACAGAGUAUCAGCACAACAAGCGAGGGAGAGGAAGAAAGCAUAUUUGAUAGAUUUGGAGGUAAGAGUGAAAGACUUGGAAACAAAGAAUGCUGAGCUGGAAGAGCGGGUCUCCACAUUGCAAAAUGAAAACCAGAUGCUAAGACAUAUUCUGAAGAACACAACAGGUAGCGGCGGUCAGGAAGGACAUAAAUAGCUCUAUGUCAAUGAGAAGCCAUGGAAGAUUUAGUCUUAGUAGAAUAUUUAGCCUGCUUGGUAGCGGUAUGGUAGUAGUAAUAUCUAUGCAAGUGUAGUAGUGGUUCUAGUAAUGAUUCUUUUUAUAUAAAAAAAAUUUAAUGCAUAGUUUGACAUCACUGGUGUAAUAUCUUUUGGUUUGUCAAGAUGUAAACUAGUAUGUAUGUUGGUAUAGUAACUAGACUCUUCCUUUGGUUUGGUUGUAAGGGUGAAAAUGUCUGGUCUGAUUCUUUUUUGCAGUCUAUAACUAUAAGAACUAAGAAGUGAUAGUUUGAGUUUUUUUGGGUGAUAAAUUGCCUUUCAAAUUCUGGUGUUGGAUGCCCUCAUGUCCCCUUACGCAGUUAAGUCACUUAUUAGUGUUUAAUGUACCAAAUUCACUUGUGAAAUAUAAAUUCGGUGCAUUAGUUCUAUGUGAUUUAAAUAAUGCGUCAAACUUCCAUGU